UACGCGCCCGGCUGCCGGCAGCGAGUUCCCGGAGAGGGAGUGCUGCGACUCGAUCCCGCCGCUGCCAGCGCAGUUCACCACGCCGCCCGUGUUGGUGGGCACGGCGCUGGCCGAAGCUGGCCCGUCUACCACCCACAGACCCACAGGCCUCAUUAUGAAAACAACGCCGCCCACGAUCAACUGCAAGCUGGCCAGACAGCUGUGUGAGAAGGACAGGGCCUGCCAGUCCAUCACCUCUAUGAUACCCAGACUCUGCGGUCAAGAGCUAGUGUCCUGCUCGACGGUGACAGUCACCAAGUGUCGAGCAGCUCUCAGAACACUGGUGGCGUUUCAGUUCUUCCAGCCCACCUGUCUGUGUAAGGAACCUCGCUUGGAUCCAGAGUGCAACAAGUACAGGAACCUGGUGUUCGACCACCCCUGCUUCAGCGUCAAGCUCAAAGACAAGGACCCGUUCCCGAUACACGCACUGCCGACGUGCGGGUACGCACUCGGAGCCUGUCUACAGCGGUCCAAAUGUUCAUACAUGUACGAGAACUACGUCAACGCGUGCCGCUUCGAAGGAGACACGUGCCACAUGUCAAACAGCUCAGCAUGCGCGGAUGCCUGGAAUCAGCUGAAACUAACUCCUGUAUUCGGUUGCAUCUGCCCAAACUUACACGAAGAGAACUGCGAGAAAAUAUUCAAGACCGUGCACAACAAUCCGUGCAUAUUGGACGGUCUGGGCGGCGCCAACGCCAGCCGACGCCGCGUCGACCCGCUGCUGGUGGCGCCGCUGUUUAACAUGAGCUCUGAGCGGCCGCAGCCGUCCAGCAUGGAGCGGACGCUGCAUGGACACCACUACGAGCAGGGGCACAGUUCCAUCCCCGGGCGUCAUCAGACUAUUACGCAUCACCACGUGACCGGGGUAACCAGCGUUCCGGGAGACGACGUAUUCCAGUCCUCCUGCCACACCGCUCUGGACAACUGCCUGCAGGACGACCGCUGCAGCGCCCGGCUGGAGCCGGUGCUGGCCGACUGUGACGAGACGGCCUGCAGCCGACACAUGUGCAUGCAGCGGCUGCAGCAGUUCUACGCUCAGGCCGACAGCGUGCUCGUCAUGGACGCCGCCUUCUGUGUCUGUCGGCGCUCUGCGGACGGCGACGGCCGCUGCUUGCGCGCCAUGGAGCGGCUGCACCCGACGUGCGCGCGCCAGCCGGAGAGCAGCGCCGUGCCCGGCUGCGACAGUGUGGCGCACCGCUGCCAGCGGCGGCCGGACGCCGGCUGUCGGCUGCGGCUGGAGCAGUACGAGCAGGCGUGCGCUGUGGACGCGCUGACCCAGCGCUGUGCUGGGCCGACGGCCGACUGUCGGCGCGCCCUGCUGGCCGUGCUGGGCACCCAGCUGCACAGCCGCUGCGCCUGCCGUGGCAGCAGUGCCGCCGCCCAGCACAGCUGCCAGGACUGGGAGCGUCUGCUCUGGGCAAACCCCUGUGUCGCUCUGUCACAGCGCGAGCAUCACCAGUUGCGUUGGGGCGCUAUCCACGGAGGUGCAGCUGUGUCCCGCACGACCUCGCCUCCGGUCGAAGCGACUUCCGCUCACGGUGACCCACGUCCAAACCCCGGCCUCCGACCCGACUUCCGUCGCCCGGCCGCCACCACUCCGAGCUCCACGGCACCUCCGGCGCCGCCAACGACGACCACGAGAGGAGCCACCGUCGGCCGCCGGCCCCAGCCGUACUGCACCGCCCGCAAACAGGGCACCGUGGUCGACCACAUUCCAGUCGGCUCCGGGAUCAGGUACUAUGUGCAGGACGAAUCUCCGGACAAGUACCGGGUGCAGAGGGACUGCUCCGAGCUGUGCAUGUGCCACGGCCGCCACCGGCUCGUCUGCAACGUGCUCGACUGCGUGGAGAAGAAGAGCUGUCAGGCAGACCUGGCCGUGUACCCGCACGGCGCGGCCCGACUGCUGCCCUUCAGGGAGGGCUGCAUCUGCCACCACGGAGACUUUGUCUGCAUGAGACCUUCAGCAGAUGACUAUACCCUUCCAUUUGGCGUGUUCCUGUUCCUUGGGUACAGCAAAACAGACGAGGAUGCUUUAUUUCCAUACACCCACAAGAGGGUCAAGGAUCACGUAGCUGAAGAAUUAGAACACUUACUGGAACUCACAAUGACUAAGAGGGGCAUGCGACUGCAGGACUGGCCGUGCUCCUUGUCUGUGAAGCAGCACUUUCAGUCAUCGAAUAAUCUUAUCAUCCAAGCAAAGCUGGACGAAGUCGAGAAAUCAUACAAUCAGAGCAUCAACCAACGAUUGCUUAACAGAGAAAAGGCAAAAUGUACCAAGCCGCUGAGAGACAUCAGCUUCAUGGUGAACACCGCGAGCCAGAGAUUCCUCUCGCACCCUCUACUCUCCGUCUUCAAGAUGGCCGAUCUGGAGGUGACGAUCCCCGACAUGUCGGCGGCCGGCGGCCGGCGGCCCAGCUGGGCCCAGCUGGUCCCGGUUCUUCGUCUACCUGUGUGGCCGCCUCCGUCCUCCCCUGCCCGGUCCGCCGGCGUCCUCGCGAUGCGGCGACACGACGUGCUGUGA